AGUCGACCUAAGCUGAGAUUGAUAACGAAUGGUUCAAAGAUUGAAAAGAGACUUGAUCUUGUGUUCAUCAUUGCUGACCUAUGAAUGGAAAUCCCUCAGAAAAUCAUCCCUUGGAUCAAGAAAGAGCGGAAAAAGCUCCAGAAACUUGUCUAGGAUUAACUCGUCAAGAGUUAAUCAAAACACAGCGAUUAACACACACUUCAAUUGUUUUUUGUGUAGUUUAUUUAAUUUUGAGCAUCUAUUUAUUCAGCUUAUACCUUAUUUCAAGUUUAAAGGUCAACUCACCUAAAUUGGUCAACAUUGAUUCAAAAAUCAUUUUCCGAAUAUUAAUUCCCAUCUUUGCCUUUAACUUUCUUGGUAAAGCAUUAACAUUCUAUUCGUCUUAUACUUCAUCUGCUGCAACAAUGAGAUUUGCUGCCUUCUCUCAAUUAGCUGCAAUUUUUCUGGAUAUUUACUUCUUUCUUAAAGUAAUUGGAGAAGGUCACAGAAUUGAAAGUGGAUUUAUUUACGAUGAUCUUUUAUUUGUAUUAUUUGUGUAUUUCUGUAUCAUUUUUGACAUAAUUUAUUUGUUCUCGACAAUAGUUUUAAGCAUACAAUUAACUAUUUAUGGAUUAAUUGUCAAGCCUAAAGUCCAACUAAUGACUGGAUCAUCGCCAAUAGGUUCAAAUUGAAUCUAGUCUAAAUUAGGAUAUUUAAAAAUCGAACCUUCAAACUAUUUAAAUUAACAUUUCAAUAGAAAAUCGUGAAAAUUAUUCUAACUUCAACAAAUGUCGUUAAUUAACAAUUUUAUCAAUGCAAUUAAAAUUGUAAAAUGUCAACAUUUAACUACAUCAAA